GUCCACUGUCUCAAACGUCUUUAAUACGCCAAGUCAUGGUCAUUUACUUGCCUCGGAGACAGCGGCGUAGUUUUUAUGCCUCCCAAGCCCCCCUGCAAGGAUAUACAACAGUAACUUGGAUAUUUUACUACGACUUUUAAUUCACUUUAUUGGCUUUAAAGUUUAAAACGGGACAAGUGAAAAUGCAUCUCUAAACGAUUAUUUGAAGAGUAAAAUACGGGGAAGUGUUUCGGGUGGAUCGGUCAUCCGUGAAGCAGGUAAUUAUUUAAGUACAGUUAUCGAAAAGGACAGACAGGCAUUUCUGCCCCCAUUGGUGAUUUCAGCUAGAGAGAGCUCGGCAAAAUGAAGGUCGUCUUGGUUUUCCUCAUUGUAUCCUGUGCUGGCGUUGCUGCGCAGUGGGACUGGGGGCACGGCGGCUCGGGCGGAGGGAACAACCCAUGGGACUGGUUAUUUAAGCCUGUGACGAAACAGACCACGACUACUACACAAAGCACCUCCACUACGCCCAGAACGUCCUCCGGACAGAGUCCUACUAAACCUGGUCAGGAUGUCCCAAGUCACCCGUGUGACGGCAAUGUCCCCGAUCUGUCCCAGGAUUGCUACGAAGAACUCCGAAGAUAUGGGAUUUUUCCUUUUUCACCUUACUGCCCUAAAGAUGAGUGUGAGGAAAAGUAUGUACCGGUUAGGAAAAUCAAUGUACCGAAAAUAGGGAGGUGCGACGUUGUGUGUCCGUCUAUGUAUCACCUGCCACAAGUGGUUUGUUCCGGGGAGAUCUGCAAGGCGGAAUGCCGAUCGCGCUGCCUUCCAUCCCAGCAUGUUGAAUACAGAGUCCUCGUCCAAUGUCCUCGUCACAAACCCUUCGUGUGGCACGUCUUGGCAGAGGUGUGCUGUGAGUGCGAACCCUGCCCUCUAGCGGGCGGCAGAUAAUCUCCGCCAGAGAAAAACAUUCGCCGUUUAAAGACAGUCAAAUAUUGUGACAGAUCUGAAUACAGACAGACAUACGUUUUGUUUCCUAUUUAGGAAAUUUUGAAUUUAAUCGUAAAAGCUAUUGUAUACAAUCCUUUAUUCAUGAUGCCAGUGACUAAAAAGUUUUUUUUAGAUAUGCGUACGAAGUACGUAAAGUUUACUUAACGUAAUACAGCGUAAAUAUAUGAAAGCUAUUUUCGAAUGUAAUGCUGUAGGACUACAUGUCUGUCAAAAUAAAAUGACAUUU